AUGCGGUUGAGUUCUUUAUUCCUACUCAAUGCGGUGAUUGCUCCAAUCACACUAGCUGCUCCUUCAAGUCAGCAACAACCAAACCCCCCACCAUCGCUUGACUUGUUGUCCUUGUCCGAUUUGCUAAAAAUUGACAAAGUGUCGGAUGUGAAAAACUAUGCUGUGUCAGAUACAGUUUCUUUUGACCAAGGAAGGUUGUUGUUGGGCCAGCAAGGGUCGCUCUGGACCAAAAAUAAAUUGUCAUUGCAAAAGUCCAAUGAGUUCACUUACGAGGUUGUCUUUAGGUCCUCUGGUAAGUCGAAUGAUAUACAAUUCCGAGAGAAUGGAUUGAAUGUAUGGUUAGUAGACGAUAGGUCACCCAAGACCGCUAAGUCUGGCCUUGGAUCAGAAGUGUUUGAUGGGUUCAAAUUUGCAGUGAAUAAUCGAGAUCAGCAAGGAUUGAAGAUAUUUAAUAAUGAUGGUAACCAAAGAGUACCGGCGGUGGAUGAUUCUUUGGAAUUGAGUCUUGGUGACUGUCAGUUUAGAUAUUUGGAAAGUGAUGUGCCGUUCACGUUGAGAAUCUCAUACUCUGCCAAUAAGAAUUGGUUCAAAGUGCAAGUGGAUAACAACCUUUGUUUCAAGACGGAUCAGAUUCAGCUACCACCAAAGUCCGACUGGGUGUUUGGUAUUACUAGUGUUGUUAAUUCUGCAUCGAAGGAAUUGUUUGAGAUCUUGGAGGUCAAUGUGUGGGAUAAGUUAACCGAGGAUGCGGUGGACGAUCAUGGUUUGAUGGAUGGUGAAGAGCUCAAAGUGGAUGUCGAGGAGAAAGUUGUAAAUAAUGAAGGUGGAGAGAAGGCAGGCGCUAUACCCGAGCACGCUAGUCCUGCACAAAUCAGACAGUCGUUGAUGGAAAGAGCUAGGCAACACAGAGAGGAAACAGCCAAGGCCAAUGGUGGUAAUAAUAAUAACAACAACAACAACAAUGCACAAAAACAGAAUGAACCUAGAAUAUCCACUAAAUUGGCACCUACUGGAGAUUCGAUUCAAUUAGUAUUGAACAAGCUUGAUCAAUUGGAGAUUGCUCUUGCAGACUUGUCCGCAUCGUCACCUAGGGGUGCGAAUGAAAACUCUCAAGGGGGAGGAAGUGGCGGUGUUUCUGCACAAGUUCAAGAAACAAAAGAUAUUCUUGUUGAGUUGCGUCAAACUUUUAUCACUCAAUAUGCCGAGCUUCUACAAGCUAUCCAAUUGCUCAAUCAGAAGGUGAUUGGCGAAGUUCGCGAGCAACAUGUUGGAAUGGAGGAAAUCUCCAAGAAGGUUGAUUUGUUAAUGAACGAGCACAAGGAGGUCCAACACCAAUACAUUAAUCAUUAUAAGCAACAAGAGAGACAAAAAGCAGAGGGCAUUAGCAUUCCUGGUGGUGAAAAAGAACGCAAUAGUGACACUUUGGCAGACAAGUUGAUCAAAUGGGUGCUUAUACCGCUCAUGAUUGUGCUUUUGGCAUUGGUGGUAUUUGUGUACCGAUUGAGACAUGAUAUCAAGCACUCAAAGCUUCUAUGA